GAUGAUCACCUGAGUGGUUGUUCCGUGUACUCAGAGCCUGAUGCACCAACCAUGACUGUGAUAAGGCCUGAGGGGGCGGGACUUCCUGACACUGACUUCCUACUUUACCUCCACGCACAGAGCACCGACAAGUGUCGAGCGGAGCCCGGGGUGUUGGCCUAUGCAGUGCACUGCCAGACUGACUCCCAGGGUCGACCUCUGGCUGGUGUGGUGGUCAUCUGUAGGGAAAGACUGACUGUGGAGGGAUACAGCCACCAAGGCACUGUGCAGACAGUGAUCCACGAGUUGUUCCAUGCAUUGGGUUUCUCCAAAGAACUCUUCAGCACCUGGAGAGACUGCUCCUACUCACAACUUGGGAUGGGCUGCUCCCCCCGGGUUCAGGUGACUAACACAGAUGAGACGGGUCAGGUCAGGAUCUACACCCAAUCAGUGAUCAGAGCCCUGCAGGACCACCUGUUAUCUACUGGCCCUGAGCUGGGAGGACCACUGGAGAACCUGGAUGUAGGUUCUAGGGGUCUGUCCUCUCACUGGGAGUCCAGGGUGCUACAGGGUUCCAUCAUGGCUGCAGCCCUGGGGGAUCCAGCUGUGGUGCGUGUCGACCCGGUCACCCUGGCCGCCCUACAGGACACGGGCUGGUACUCUGUCAACCACAGCCGAGCACAGAGCCUGGUGUGGGGAAAGGGUGAGGGAGCAAUGUUUGGAUCACUGUCCACCUGCCAUGACAACUCCUCCUCAUUUUUCUGCACGGGCAGUGGUUUAGGGUGUCAUUAUCUUCACCGCCACAAGGGGGAGUGCCAGACUGACCCUCACCUGGAUGGGUGCCGCAUUUACAAACCUCUAAUGAGUGCGUGCUGGAAAGAGGAGAACGAGAGAGAGACUGAAACAGAGUGGAGUGGAGAGUUGUACCGUAUAGACAGCCGAUGCUUCUUCUCUAACCUGAGCAGAGAGAAUGUCUCCCUGUCUGUUAGUGACUCUGUGGUGGGGCGUUGUUAUAGACACAGGUGUACUGGGCUGAACCGGUAUCAGAUACAGGUGUCUGGCUCUGACUGGUUAGACUGCCCAGUAGGAAGCACCAUUGAGGUGACAGGAUACAGGGGGUUAGUUGCAUGUCCUGACAAGAGGUUGUGUUAUUACCCUGACAUUGGUCUCUCCAUCGACAACCAMGACCCCCACUCUCCAGCUGACUCUACUAAAGGCACAGUGACUACUGAGAACGAUCCCCUGUUACAUCAGAACACAAUCCCUGACCCGAGCCUGACCUUUGACCCUGACCCUACUUGUGCAGAACCAGGGGUCAGUACAGACCCCACGUUGACUCCAGUCCUGGGGGUCAGUGCUUCUGUCUGUCUCCUGGCUGCCCUGAUGGUGGCCUACAGGAGGUAUCGCUCCUCCAGAGUCAGGGUUAAUGCUGCCCCUGAGGCCCCCAGUGUUCUGCAGUUGCACUCGACCCAAAGUGAUUCAAAUAACUGCUGAUGGAAACUGGGUGUCCAUUAUGGCACAGUCUUGUACACUGGUGUAAAUGGUUACUUAAUCAAGUAGGUGGUGUUUGUACAUUAUUUAUCAGAGGGGGAAAUCGACUAAGCGUUGAACUGUACAAAUGAAAAAAGUACACUAAAGCAAUGAGCAAUGCUGAGGMGUUCUAAUUGUCCCCUGGAUUUGAUGUUCAACAUGGAUUUAGCUUUAACACUAUGUUAACUUGUAAUAACAAUGAAUUAUGUGAGUGUUUUCUGUGUCUUAUCCCUGUGGUAUACAUUUUYCUCAUACAAUUUGACAUAUAAAAUGUAAAUCUGCACUAUUUAUUUUAUUGACGGGAUCUGUUGCCAAGGUGAUGUUUUCUGGAAUCCCCCGUAGAUAAGUCAGAGCAGGGAAGGUUCCAGGCAUAAGAGACAUAAGCGGUCACUUAGGCCUCCAACCCCACC